UUCUCUUCGUUGGUGAAACGGGUGUAGGAAAGUCUACCUUAAUUAACGUAUUGACUAAUUAUUUUCGCAACGGUAGCUCUGAUAACAUUAAAAUUGCUGUAAAAUCUAAGUACUUCAAAGUCACUGAAGAAGACCUCGAACAUCCAUCUUCUGAAUUUGAUGUGAACGAUCAAACAAGCAGUCAGACAUCCGAAUGCUUUCAUUAUGAUUUCGAACAUUCAACACAUCCUGAAUACAAAUUUAGAUUUAUUGAUUCCCCAGGUUUAGGUGAUACAAGAUAUCAAGAUCGAAAAAACUUGGAACUUAUAAUUGAAAAAGCGGUUAAUGAAAAAUAUUUAAAUGCUAUUGUAUUUGUCAUUAAUGGAAGACAGGCUCGAUAUUCAGAAGUAAUAAAAAAUACCAUUAAUGGCUUUAACAAUUAUUUGCCAAAAUCUCUCUUGGAAAAUAAUCUUUUUUUAAUCAUAACUCAAACCAAAAAACUUGGGGCGAUCUUUCAACUAGACCUUUUCAAAAAAGAAGUAGCAAUACCAAAGGAUGUAUUUUACAUGGAUAAUCUAAUGUUUUCGUGCAACCCUAAUGAGUGGCGAUCUGAUUCUCUAUCAAAACUUGAAGUUGAACAAAGUUGGGAAUUAUCACGAAAAACAAUCGUUAAUUUCUUGAAUGCUAUUGAGAAUAGUGAAUUUAAGUCUACCGAAGACUUUCAAAAAAUUGCAGAACUUCAAAGGGAUUUAGCUACACAAAUUCAGAAAGCCAUCGAAGAAAUCAGCAAAAUUAAUGGUGCAAUUAUUCAACUUUUAAAUGCCAAACACGAAUGUGAAAACAAUGAAAAUAUCUUGGAAGAUAGCAAAAACUAUACGCGAGAGGAAGUGAUUGAAUUUCUUGAGUACAUUCAAACCCCUCAUAAAAAUAUGAUUUAUGCAGAAUAUGUAGAUGCGGGUGGUCGGUUCGUUAGACGCCGUCAAACAUUCAAAGAAGUGAUUAACGAAAUGAAAGAAAGAUAUGAUAGACAUUUUGCUAAUUCAAUUGAAUUAAAGGUGGAGGAAAAAAUGAGAUGUUCGAAUCUCGAAAUUCUUGUAAAGGGUGUUGAAUCGUGCUAUAACAGCAUUCAACGUGACAUCGAAUCUUUGAAAAUCAUUAGCAAAUUUAAUUUUGAUAGAGGUUUGAAAUCUGCCUUCGAUAAAUUAAAGAGUAUAGCUGAGAAUGUCUCAGACGAAAAUCUCAAAACAAGGCAACUUAAAAGGAUUUCUGAGAUUGAGGAAUUAAGCAAAAUUUGA